AUACGUCAAGAUCAAGUCAAUUUACCAAUUUUCCAAUUCAAAGAACAUAACUUAGUUGGUGUCAGAGAUCAUCAAGUCAUCUUAAUAGCUGGAGAUACUGGCUGUGGUAAAUCAACUCAAGUAAGUUCCCAGUACCUAUUAAGAGCAGGCUAUGGAAAGAUAGCCUGUACACAACCUCGUAGAAUAGCUUGCUUAUCUUUAGCCAAACGUGUUAGCUAUGAAACUCUCAAUGAAUAUGGAACAGAAAUUGCAUAUCAAGUUCGUUUUGAAGGGUCUAAAACACCAGCUACAAAAGUUCUCUUUCUCACUGAAGGUCUUUUAUUACGUCAAUUAAGUACUGAUAGUGAUCUGAGUUGGUAUGAUGUUAUCAUAGAUGAGGUUCAUGAACGUCAUAUUCAUGGUGACUUUCUCCUUGGUGUUCUUCGUCUGUUAAUUGAUCGAAGACCCGACUUAAAACUUAUCUUAAUGUCAGCAACAAUUAAUAUUCAACUAUUUUCAGACUAUUUUCAAGGUGCCCCUGUCAUCAGAGUUCCUGGUCGUUUGUAUCCAAUUGAGUUACAGUAUAUGCCAGUUAGUACUGCUCCAGCACUACAGCCAACUAGUCAAAAAUUGGAUCCUAAACCUUAUCUACGUGUACUACAACUUAUUGAUACUAAGUAUCCUAAAAAGAGAGGUGAUCUGUUAAUAUUUUUAAGUGGAAUGAAUGAGAUAGCUACAUUAUUACAAGAAGUCAACUAUGGACAACAUACUGAUAGAUGGAUAGCAUUACCACUACAUAGUGCACUGUCUAUUGAACAAAAGAUAAAGGUCUUUGAUGUGGCUCCUGAUGGAGUAAAGGAAGUGUGUAAUAUCAAACUAAUAUUGCUGAACCUCCAUUACUAUUAUGGUAUAAGAUUUGUAAUUGACUCAGGAAAGGUAAAAGAGAGGUUUGAUCCACAAACUAAAAUGAAUAGACUUCAAGAAUUUUGGAUCAGUCGAGCAAGUGCAGAACAGAGAAAGGGAAAAGCAGGUCGAACUGGUCCUGGUGUGUGUUUUAGAUUAUACUCUGAAUCAGAUUAUGACUCUUUUCCUGAAUAUGCUACACCUGAAAUACAACGAGUACCUUUAGAGUCUAUAGUACUUCAGACCACAGCUCUUGACUUAGGGAAUGCUAGAAGGUUUCCCCGUUUUAUUGAGCCCCCUUCUAUGUCUAAUAUUGAAACUUCUAUUGCUUUCUUAAAAGAUCAAGGUGCUCUAACUAGUGAUGAGAAACUGACCUCUACUGGUAAAAUGUUUAGCUCAGUUACCAGUGGAUUUGUCAUUGGUAAAAUGCUUAUCAUGGGAUCGCUAUUUCAUGUAAUAGAGCCAGUGUUAAUUAUAGCAGCUGGUCUCAGUGUUCAAAGUCCAUUUACUCAAUCUGCAUUUAGUAAUGAAGCUCACAGUCAAACUAUACGACAAGAGCUAGAAUCUGAACAUGGUGAUCCAUUUACAAUAUUGAAUGCUUUUGAUGAAUGGAUUGAAGUGAAGUCUGAAGGAGUAAGAGCCUCUGCUCAAUGGUGUCGGAAACGAGGUAUUGAGCAGCAGCGUCUUUAUGAAAUGGUCAAAUUGAGACAACAGUUUCGAGAUGUUCUUUCAGAUUCCCACAAGAGACCUCAA